AUGACGAUUGGAAUGACGGAGGAAGCCAGGAUGAGAAAGUGGAUUGUAGCCUUGUUAUUAGGACUGGUUUUUACAGCCGUCUACGUCCGGGCUGAUGAAGAUGAAGAUGACGAUGAAGAAGUAGAAGAAGAAGAGAUAGAUGUGGCUGCUGUAGAGGCUGGUAAAACCACACUCGUUAAUCCAUGUGAGAAGAAACGAUGUCGACGUGGUGAACAGUGUAUAGUAGAUGAGAAACGGCAGCCAUCUUGUGUCUGCUACCAAAACUGUGAAGAGGAGACAGACGAACGAUACUGGGUCUGCAGCACUAAGAACAUCACAUAUAAAAGUGAUUGUCUAUUAGACAGAGAACAUUGUCUCUGCAGGAGAAAAGAUGCCGCAUGUAAAAAUCUUGCCGAGAAAAAAGUUCAUCUGGACUAUUAUGGUGGAUGUAGAGAAAAAAUUCAGAAUCUGAAUGAUAACCUGGAUAUACGAGAAUUAAAACUAUAUGAUAAUAGAAUUAAAGUUAUAGAGAAUUUAGAUCAUUUAAAAGAGUUGAGUUGUUUGCAGUUACAACAUAAUAGAAUACGAGCCAUUGGUAAAGGUUUGAGUCAGUUGAAGAAAAUAAAAACGUUAAGAUUAGACAGUAAUUUAUUGUUAAAGUUAGAAACGUCAGAUUUUAUAUCCUGUGUUCAGCUUACCUCCCUUGAUCUGAGUUUUAAUAUGCUAGAUAACCUUAGUGCAUUAAGUUAUUUACCUAAUUUAGAAGAACUGAGUGCUAGUGGAAACAGAUUACGGAAAGUCAAUGAACUUUCUCGUUGUAAAGGAUUGGUGGAAUUAGAUCUAUCGAACAAUAGAUUAACAGAUUUAUCUGGCUUUACUAAUCUUACACAUCUACAGAUUCUAAGAUUGAGCAACAAUCAAAUAACAACAUUAAACAUGUCUGGUAAAUUAAAAUCAUUAGAAGAGUUGGAUGUGUCAGCUAAUAAAAUUAAAGAGUUAUCUCCCCUCCUAACAGCCGUCCCGAACUUACAGAUUUUAAAUAUAAGUGAUAAUAAUAUAUCUAUUUGGGAUCAAGUGCUAUCUCUAUCUAAACUAGGAGAUCUAGUAGAGUUAUUUAUAUCAGGCAAUCCGUUUAGUGAAGAGAAUGGAGAGAAACCUGGCUAUUUUACUGAAUUACAAUCUGUUAUACCACAGUUAGAAAUCUUAGAUGGGGCUCUUGUAAAAAAAUUAAUAGGUAAAGCUACAGCACCUUUAAUGAGACCAAUGUCUGCUUCUACAGUUGUAAGUGUAAGACAGAUGGAUAAUCAACUUAAAGCUGUGAAUCAAGAAUUAGCAGAAUUACAAACCAGUAUUUCAAAAAG